AUGCCCACCAAUCAACUGCUCUACCCUUCUUCUACCCAUCAACAACCACAAAUUGAUAAAGUUGAACCAGUUGUUGUUCAUAAAACUCCUAAAAUUGGUUUAGAUGAUUUUACUUUUAUUUCAGUAUUAGGUAAAGGAAAUUUUGGUAAAGUGAUGCUUGCUGAAGAAAAAACCACAAAAAAACUUUAUGCUAUAAAAGUUUUAAAGAAAGAAUUCAUUAUUGAAAAUGACGAAGUUGAAAGAGUCUUCCAAACUGCUAAUCGCGAAAGGCAUCCAUUUUUACUUGGUCUUCAUUCUUGCUUCCAAACAGAAACUAGAAUUUAUUUCGUAAUGGAGUAUGUUAGUGGUGGUGAUUUGAUGUUACACAUCCAGAGAGAACAAUUUACAUAUAGAAGAGCUCAAUUUUAUGCAGCCGAAGUAUUGCUUGCAUUAGAAUAUUUACAUAAACAUGGUAUUAUAUACAGGGAUUUAAAACUUGAUAAUAUACUUCUUACAUUAGAUGGACAUAUUAAAAUUGCAGAUUAUGGUCUUUGCAAAGAAGAGAUGUGGUUUGGUUGUACUACUAAUACAUUUUGUGCAGUUGAUUGGUGGGCAUUUGGUGUUUUGAUAUAUGAAAUGCUUUUGGGACAAUCACCAUUUCGUGGUGAAGAUGAAGAUGAAAUUUUUGAUGCAAUUCUAGAAGAUGAAAUUUUAUAUCCAAUCAACAUGUCUAGAGAUUCUGUUUCCAUAUUACAAAAAUAG